AUGGCCCUGCACGUGCCCACCACAACAUCAGCCACUUUUCACAAAAAAAAAAAAAGAAAAAAAAAAACACUCUGAGAAGCAAAGGAUCCAGCUGCCCCUUUCUCCGCAGGCAGAGCCGCGACCCCCAAGUCGGUGUGCGAAGGGUGCCAGCGAGUCAUUUCGGACCGUUUCCUGCUCCGCCUGAACGACAGCCUGUGGCACGAGCAGUGCGUGCAGUGCGCCUCGUGCAAGGAGCCCCUGCACACCACCUGCUUCUACCGCGACAAGAAGCUCUACUGCAAGACGGACUACGAGAAUGUUUUCCCUGUGAAAUGCCUUGGAUUACUUCUGCCCAUAAGUGUUGGUGAAGCUGUGUUGCGAAGGCAACAAAGCGUCUACCACCUGGGCUGCUUCUGCUGCUGCGUCUGCGAGCGGCGCCUGCAGAAGGGCGACGAGUUCGUGCUGAAGGAAGGGCAGCUGCUCUGUAAGGGCGACUACGAGAAGGAGCGCGAGCUGCUGAGCUUGGUGAGCCCGGCUCUGUCGGAUUCCGGCAAAAGCGAUGACGAAGAGAGCAUCUGCAAAGUGGGCCCGGCCUCAGGGAAGGGUGCGGAGGAUGGGAAGGACCACAAGCGGCCCAAGCGGCCUCGCACCAUACUCACCACCCAGCAACGGAGGGCCUUCAAGGCGUCAUUUGAGGUCUCCUCCAAGCCGUGUAGGAAGGUGCGGGAGACGCUGGCAGCUGAGACGGGUCUCAGCGUCCGUGUGGUGCAGGUCUGGUUCCAGAACCAGCGAGCAAAGAUGAAGAAGCUGGCUAGGAGGCAGCAGCAGCAGCAGCAGGAUCAGCAAAACACGCAGCGCCUGAGUUCAGUCCAGCCCAAUGGAGGGGGCAACGGCGGUCUGGAGGGCAUCAUGAACCCGUACACGUCGCUGCCGCCGCCGCCUCUCCUGGGCAUGGAGCAGAGCGUCUACAGCUCCGACCCUUUCCGGCAAGGACUCACCCCACCGCAGAUGCCUGGAGACCACAUGCACCCCUACGGUGGCGAGCCCCUCUUUCAUGACCUGGACAGCGACGAUACCUCACUCAGCAACCUGGGUGACUGCUUCCUGGCCACGGCAGCGGCAGACACCGGUGCCCUCCAGGCGCGUGUGGGGAACCCCAUCGACCACCUGUACUCCAUGCAGAGCUCCUACUUCACGUCCUGA